GGAAGGCUGACGCUCACAUACAGACACACCGCCACAUAUAGACACAGGAAAUAGACAUGAACACCUAAAAUCAAGCUAAGAUACACCCAACCACAGAACACACCCCACAGAACACCAAAAAUUCGAUAAACACCAGCUGCCAGACAUACGGAGGAAGGCUGACGCUCACACACAGACACACCGCCACAUAUCGACACAGGAAAUAGACAUGAAUAACCAAAAUCAAUCUCAGACACACCCACCAAUACUAUGCACCCCACAGAACACCAAUAACUCGAUAAACGCCUGACACACGGAGACAGACCCGGCGCUCUCUCUCUCUCACACACACACACAUAAUCACACCGCCACAUCUACCCACAGGAAACAGACAUGAAUAACCAAAAGCAGUAUCAGACACACCCACUCACUGCAUACACCCCACAGAACACCAAUAAUUCGAUAAACGCCAGCUGCCACACACUCGGAGGCAGCCCGGCGCUCACACACACACGCGCACAAGCCCGUCUGGCCGUAGGAGACACACAUGAAUGGGGCAAAAUAAUCGAUAUUACGACGAGACAGAGGCACGCGGAGCUCUCCCCGGCCUGACACACAGCCGGAUGCCGAGGCCACAAGGACACGCCCUUAUAACACUUAAUUGUUUCGUCUCUCUCGUCUCCCUCUCGUCUCCUGUCCAGCACUUCCCUCGUGAGCCCCGGGGAAAGGACGAGCGGCUCCCGGCCUGAUAGAGAGCAGCGAAUAUUAAAACAGGCAAUGCGAUGGUGGUCUACAAUGCUAUGGUGGAUGUGGAGUGGGUGGAAAUAAGUGGUUUAAGUGGAUCAGUUGGUUUCAUGAGAGAACAAAGAGAGCGGUGAGUGUGUGGGCGGUGACAGACACUUGUAAAUUAUAUUAUAUUUCUCUUUGUCUGUCUGUGUGAGUCAGUGUGUUGUCCGGGCCUCUGAUGUAACUGUGAGGUCUGGCGGUCUGUCAAGUGCCUAAAAAUGACAGGACAGUGAAGGGAAUACAAGAACAGUGAAGGGAAUAAAAGGAAAAUAUAUUCAUUAUAGUGAAGAUAAAAUACAAGACAUGAGUGAAAUUACAAGUGAAGAGUGGAAUAGAAAAGAGAAAAUGUGUUUGAAGGUUGUGAAAGUGUAAAUGAUAGAAAAAUUAGAAUGAACUGAUGAUAAGAGUGAAAUAGAAAAGAGAAAAUGUGUUUGUAGGUUGUGAAAGUGUAAAUGAUAGAAAAAUUAGAAUGAACUGAUGAUAAGAGUGAAAUAGAAAAGAGAAAAUGUGUUUGUAGGCUGUGAAAGUGUAAAUGAUAGAAAAAAAUAGAAUGAACUGAUGAUGAAAAGAAUGUUACAUAUCUUUAAAAUGACAAAAGGUGCUAACUCUUAAAAUAAUGAAUGCCUAAAUAUAUACAGACCACAAUAUAACAAACAAACAAGUGCAAAGGAAAGAAACACAUCCACACUCACUGCCCUGAACACAAGCAUCAGUACAAGUCUAAUUAUGAGAAUGAACAUGAAAGUGAGACUAAUACAAGCAGCAAAGGGAGCUCUUAGCCAGAACAAGCUCUAUGCAUGACCUUAACAGAAAGAAUAAAUAAAUAAAUAAAAUCAAGAGGCCCCAAACUAAAAGAAAAGGUGCCCAAAAACUGAAAGAAAGGAGAAAAAAGUCUAUUGAUGAACAAACUCGUAUGAAUUCCCAUUUUCUAAAAAGUGCCUCUGAAUUGAAAAAAGUAGGAGAAAAUAAGGCCAUCUAAAAAAAUAUAUAUAAAAAGUACCCCAAAACUGAAAAUAAAAGAAAAAGAGCAUCCACUCAAAAUCACAAUAAAUCUCCAAAAUUGAAAACUGUCCCAAAACUCAAAAAAAGGAGAAAAAAAGGGCCACCCCCAGACCCCCUAAACUAAAAAUGGCACUGAAAUACUGAAAAAGGCAAAAAAGGCCAUUCCAACUGAAAGAUAGGAAAAAAAAGGUCAAUCCACUUUCAAAAAAUCCCCGAAACUUUAAAAAAAAUUGUACCACCAAAAAUCACAAAAGUAUCCCUUCAAUCUGAGCAAAACUCCUCUGACCCCAAGAUGGACACUGCUGCCAUCAAGCUUCUUAUUGACCUUCAGCAUGAGGCUUACAGAAACUCCCUGGAGCUGUUUGUGGGUCAGGUCAUGUCACGCGUUGACUCCCUCCAGGCCAAGGUCGUGGAGCAAGCCAAGACUAUUGAUCUCACCCGCUCUGAGCUUGUGGAGGUCAGGUCACUAUUUCGGGUCAUCCUGAGUAGCCUGUGCGGGGGUGAGGGGGUUGCCGGGUUGAGGAAGGGGGUCAAUGCAUGGGGUGUGGAUGACGGAGGUGGAUAUGAGGGGUGGAAUCUUGGCGGAAAAGGCGGUGUGGAUGCGUGGGUGGAUGGGGAGAGGAAUGGCUUUGAGAGGCGGGGGAAUCGGAAGAGGACGAGCCGUGGAUGGGAUGUGGAGCGUGUGGAUGUGACCCGCAUGCCCGAACCACAUCUUGAGGAAGCGACUUUAUGUGUGGAUGGCCUGGAGGAGACGGAAACGGAGACAGAUGAGGACAUAUCCACACGUCUGUCCACCAUGCUCCGCGAGAGGCUGGGACUGGGCGAAAUCCACCUCCGAUACUGCCGACGGAUGGGACAAGUCAACGAUAACCACUCCAGGACAGUUGUGGCGAGAUUCUGCCGCGCUCAGGACAGGGAUGUGGUUCUGGCGCGUGCAGGGGAACUAGAGGGAUGUGGCCUGACCAUAUACACCGCCUGGCACUCAACGCAACCAGCAUACCCACUGCCCAGGGAGGAAGCGCGGCAUGGGAAGAAACGGCAACGCAAACGGCACUCUAGAGGAAGACACAAAAAGGAAUCAGGUGCCAAAUUCGCCACGCUGGAGGGUCACAUCACUCCCUUGGGAACGCCGCAUGACUUCAACGGAUCAGCGGCGUCCAUCGCGACCUCAGACUCCACAGCGUCGUUCCUUGACUUCGAGAGCUACACGGAAGAGGAUGAUGAGGAGUUCCUAGCGGGCCCGGACACGGGUGCCAGCAGACAGGUGGUCUCGCUACACGUGGGCCAGGCAGGUGUGCAGGUGGGCAGGGCGUGCUGGGAGCUGUACUGCCUCGAGCACGGAAUAUUCCCCGAUGGAGUUCCUUACCCAACCAUCGAUGAAUCCUCUCUGGAUCCGUUCUUCUGUGAGACAAGCACCGGCAAGAUGGUUCCUCGCUCCCUAUUCAUUGACCUUGAACCAUCUGUCGUGGAUGAGAUACGCCACGGCACGCACCGGGACCUCUUCCACCCCUCCAGCCUGGUGACGCACAAGGAAGACGCGGCCAACAACUUUGCGCGAGGCCGAUACACCGUGGGCAAGGCGGUGAUCGGGCAGGUCAUGGACAAUAUAAGGAAGCAGGUGGAGGCGUGCUCUGGCCUGCAGGGGUUCACAAUCACUCACUCCCUGGGCGGCGGGACAGGCUCUGGCUUCAUGACCCUACUCCUGGAGAAGCUGACCCAGGAGUACUGCAGCACGGGCCUCCUGCGCUUCUCCAUCUUCCCCUCCCCCCGCAUGGCGACGGCCGUGGUGGAGCCCUACAACACCGUCCUCCACGCCGCCACCACCAUGGACUACGAGCACUGUGUCUUCGUGUCCGACAACGAGGCGACGUAUAGGCUCUGCGUCGACUGCCUGGAGAUGACGCGGCCCAACUACCGGAACCUGAACCAACUCACGGCACAGGUUAUCUCCUCCUCCACGGCCUCUCUGCGGUUCGAUGGGGCCCUGAAUGUUGACCUGCGGGACUUCAACACAAAUCUUGUCCCACUGCGUCGCCUUCACUUCCCCGUCAUGGCCUUCGCUCCGAUUGUGUCGCCGGAAGCAGCCAUUAGUGAGCAGAAGUCAGUGGCGGACAUGACGACUUCCUGCUUCGAGCCAAAGAUGCAGAUGGCGACUUGUGACCCAACGAACGGGAAAUACAUGUCUUGCUGCCUCUUGUACCGCGGCGAUGUCACUCCCAAUGACGUGCAGCGCGCCAUAUCGGCAAUAAAGCUGAUGAAGACGGUGCAGUUCGUGGAGUGGUGCCCGACUGGCUUCAAGCUCGGGAUAAACGGAGGCCGGCCAACUCUGUACCCUGGGAAAGGAGGCACCAAGCUCACCCGCGCCGUGUGUAUGCUGGCAAACACCACGGCUUUCAAGGAUACAUGGAAGGGGCUGACACAUAAGUUUGAUUUAAUGUAUAGUAAGCGUGCCUUCAUUCACUGGUAUGCCGGGGAGGGCCUGGAGGAGUGUGAGCUAGCGGACGCCCAGGACAGCUUGGCGCAGAUGAUAAAGGAUUACGAGGAGGUGGAAAGGGAUGGAAAGGAGGUGGUUGUGGAUGAAUUUUAAGGUGUGCAUGUAUGUUUGUAAGAGUGCAUGAGUGCGAGUGUACAUGUGUGUGUGUGUGUGUGUGUGAAAGAGAGUGGGUUCAAGAGGCAGCAGUUUGAUAAGGAUUUGUGAAUGUGAUCUGGCAAGAGUGAGAUAUUUAUUCAUGUGGUCUAUAAGUGAAUUAACAUUGGAAGCCGCCUAGGUAAGGAAUAUAAAGCUUUACAGUCUCCCACAAGACUAAAAAAUCUGGUGGGUUGAUGGCCAAUAAAAUGCCAAAUUCUAGAGUAUUCCAAAUUUUUAGCGAAGGUUUGUGUAUGUAUGCCAUGGGAUAUUAUAACUAUUUUUUUUAAGCUUGCCAAAUAUGAAGUAUUGAGCAUUCCAAACAAUAAUUUAGUUUUACAUAUUGCCAUAUAUAAUAAGCCACAACUCACUUAUGAUGUUACGCUUAUAUACCUAAUCUCUCUGUCUGCACAAGUGAUCACGUGUCUCAGGUGUGUGUCAGGGGUUGCAAAGACUGUGUUAGGUUAUGGUCCCUUUUCCACCAUUUCCUAAUUUGAGAUGUUCCAUAUUAGGUACUCCUUAUUUCACCAUAUCUACUGCCUAGGGUCAUGGCUGGUUAUCCAGAGACUAGUUCUAUAAGAAAGCACAAAGCAAGAAUCACCAUAACAUUGAAAAGAGGUAUUAUGGAAAAUCACAAAUAUGGAGGAGGCCAAGGGGAUGCCCACUGAGCUCAUGGCUUGCACAAAUCAAUGGAUCCCAGCAUGAGUUAUUUGGGAUUGGAAGGUGACUUGCAUGAACAGAAAUGUAGGGUGGGCGAGGCAACGCACACCCUGGAGUAUGUCUCAGUUGAUCGAUUGAUAAAUGGGACACAGUUAUGAUAGGUGGUUUGUCUUUUUCUAAUCUUUGCAGCACUUAAUACAUUAAAAAGACUUUUUCAUCCGUGUUUCUUGACAAUCUCACAGACAGAGCACAAUGGAGUGAAGGAAUUUUACAGAAUAAUAAUAAAAGGAGGUAAAUAGUGGUUGAUACAUAUUUGUCUAGAUUUAUGCCAACUCUUGCCAUCUCUGAAAUAAUUCCAUCCUGUCCUCUCACACAAUUUUAUACAAAGGAGUGAAGGGAUUGACAAAGGGAAGGCAGAAGUUAGGGGUUGACAGUCUAAGUCUCUGCUAAGCUCUUGUAACCUCUAAACUAAUUCCAACCCUUCCUCUCAGCCACAUUCUCAGACAAUCUUACAUAAAGAAGUGCAGGGACUGACAGACACGGAAGGCAGAAGUUAGGAGCUGAUGGUCAAUGUAUUUGCCUAACUCUUGUCAUUGCUAAAAUAAUUCUUUCCUGUUCUCUCAUCCAUGUUCUCAGACAAAUUUCCAUAAAGGAGAGAAAGGAAAGUCUGAAGUUUGGAUAUAAUGAUUUAAGUUUCUGUUAAGCUCUUAUGAUCUCUAAAUUAAAUCCAUACUGUCUUUGCAUCUAUUAGCCUUGACAGAUUUCACCCAUGUUCAUAUAGGGUUGCUGUUAAGGGCUUGUGGUUUGGGGUUUAAGACCUAAUGUGGUUUCUGACAUCAGUGGCAACAUUGGGGGUUCAAAUCAACUUGCCCUAACUUGUCUAACCCACUCAAUCACCACAUACCACCUUGUCCUAUCCAUAUCCCCAGACAAUCUCACAGGAAAGGCAUAAAGCGUGAAGGUCCUGAAAUGUGUUACGGGAAGCUGUAAACACACAUCAAUUUUCACGAGAACUCACACAGACUUAUCAACAUUUUCUCAAACACACGUCACGUUUCUUAGUGUCCAUGCUAAAAAUGCCUUGUUUGUUACAUCAUACUACAAUCUCUGGUCUGUUGUAAGGUGUAUAGAUGUUGCUUGUUGGACUUGGAACUUUCGCUUCUGGUGCCUGAUUAGGAGUGAUUAACAGGUACAAACUGCACGAGGGAGGCGUGCAGGUGAGCUCGCAAAGAUAUCAAUGCGUAUGUAACAUGUUUGCUCCAUAUAUCAAAUAUUAUUGUUAUCUUUCUAUAAUGAGACGAUUGCAUCUUAAGUGACUUCCAGUGAUCUCUCUCCCUGCGUUACUCAGUCAUUUGUAUUAAACACAUUCUAGAGUGUUAGUUGAGGCAAGUUUAGCACUGAAAAGUUUUGUAUCUAUGGCGUGUAUUUUAGUAUUGAAUCUUAUCGCAUAUACACCACAGGACUUGAUACCUGUGAUCAUGCUAUUUUUUUUGUUGGUUUUGCUAUAAAUACAGAUGUUAUGACAUUUAAGAA